UAGAAAUGAGCCACGUCACAUUGUCACAUCAAGUAGCAAGAGAAGGGUGUAGAGUGCGUGUAAUUUAAAACAAUCAUUCGACGAAAAUGAAUAUUUUUCGUCUAACUGGUGAUUUAUCACAUUUAUUGGCAAUUAUUAUAUUACUUUUAAAAAUAUGGAAGACUCGAUCAUGUGCUGGUAUAUCUGGCAAAAGUCAAAUAUUAUUCGCAUUGGUAUACAUAACUCGAUACUUGGAUUUAGUGACAACAUAUGUAUCCUUAUAUAAUACAAUUAUGAAAUUGGUAUUUAUCGCUGCAUCGAUAGCUACACUAUAUUUGAUUUACAUGCGAUUUAAAGCCACAUAUGAUCGUAAUCAUGAUACAUUUCGUAUUGAAUUUUUAAUUGCACCCGCAUUUGUAUUAGCAUUACUUAUUAAUCAUGAAUUUACAGUACUUGAGAUUUUAUGGACAUUCAGUAUUUAUUUGGAGAGUGUUGCUAUAUUGCCACAAUUAUUUUUGGUUAGUAAGACGGGCGAAGCAGAAAGUAUAACGUCGCAUUAUUUAUUUGCGUUAGGAUCGUAUAGAGCAUUGUAUUUAUUGAAUUGGGUCUAUCGAUAUUUGGCUGAAGAUCAUUAUGAUUUAAUUGCAAUUGUUGCUGGAGCUGUACAAACUGUUCUAUAUUGUGAUUUCUUCUAUUUGUAUAUUACAAAAGUUCUUAAAGGAAAGAAAUUACAAUUACCAGCUUAAAAAAUUCUACAAAAUCAAACCACCUACACAAAUCUACAAAUAAAAUAUUGCUAGAAAAUAUUUAUUUUACAAAAACAAAACAAAAGAAGAAGUUCUCCAUUUUAUUAGAAAAACUUAUUUCAACGAAAUCGAGAUCAAAGGUAUAUUACACAAAAAAUAAAAAAAAAAGUAUUUAACAACAUUUACGCGGGAUGGGCUAAAAGUUUCUACGACUCAUUGUAAAGAAGGUACCUAAUUGUUAAUAAUUAUCUGAAGAAAGGAGUUAACAAGAUUCGAUUAAUUUUUUCAAUGGGUUUUCAAAUUAUUUCAACUUUUGGCUCACCCCUGUAUUUUAAAACGAUAUUUUGUCGGUUUAGUUUUUCAUUGUUUAAAAAAACCCAAUAAUAUUUGUAAUUUCUUGCAACAAUGA